CUCUAGUCUAGAACACUGGAACCUUCAGUACCACUUUGAUGCAGCUAAUUAGGAGUGAUGGUCAUGGGUGUUUAAAUUGAAUGGGUUCUAAUUGAAUAACAUCAUGGAACUUUGACCUGUAUAUACAGAACUCAGAAGGGCAAGACUGCAGGGUGGGAGAUGCAACAAUGUCCUUGAGAACAGCAGGAAGUGUGUUGGUGGUCUUUCUCUGGUCUUUAGCAGUUGUACUGGGUCAGGAUGGAUGGAGUGUGACUUACACCCCUCAGAGUAUCUGUGCUUUGAAGGGGUCAACAGUGAAGCUGACCUGCUCUUUCAGAUAUCCCAGAGGUCAUAAAGUCACAUCAACCUUCUGGUUUACUAAAAUUGAGACUGAAGAUCUAGGUCAGAACCCAGAGUAUGCAGGUCGUCUGGAGUAUCAUGGGGACAAGAAGAAAGACUGUACCCUGAAAAUCACAGACCUGAGAGAGAGAGACUCAGCUAUGUACAAGUUCAGAUUCAUAACAGAUCAGGAAGUAGGGACAUUUACUGGCAAACUUGGAGUGACUUUGUCUGUCACAGGUCUUCAGGUGAAGGUGACUGGUGGACAUCAGGAUAAGACACUGACCUGUAUCACCACCUGUACUCUGACUGACAACCCCACCUACAUCUGGUACAAGAACGGACAACAUCUAGAUGAGAGCACCUCCCCCCAGUACAAAGACCCAGUCUCCAGUAACUAUGAAGACACUUAUUCCUGUGCUGUAAAAGGCCAUGAGGACCUCCACUCUCCUGCAGUGUGUGUUCAGGGUCAGAGCUGCAACAGAGUGACUUACACCAAGAGGAGAAUCUGUGUCUUGACGGGGUCAACAGUGGACAUAUCCUGUACUUAUGUUGGUCAUUAUUCCACCACAUUAUCAUUCUGGAUUAGAAGUGAUAAGUCGACACCUGAAGACCUAACCACUGACCCAGGGUAUGCAGGUCGUGUGGAGUACACUGGAACAUACAGAGGUCCCUUCACCCUGAGAAUCACAGAUCUGAGAGAGGAGGACUCAGCUGAGUAUCGCUUCACUUUUAAAGCAAACAGCAUUGAAUGGGGUCAUAGUUUCCCAGGAACAACUCUGUCUGUCACAGGUCUGCAGGUGAAGGUGACUCCUGCUGCAGAGGGACAGAAGACACUGACCUGUAUCACCACCUGUACUCUGACUGACAACCCCACCUACAUCUGGUACAAGAACGGACAACGUCUAGAUGAGCCCACUUCCCAACAAUACUCUAGUAAUACCCUAGUAGUGUUGGGUCAUUCUGUGGACAGUUACUCCUGUGCUGUAGAACACCAUGAGGACAUCCACUCUCCUGCAGUGUGGAAACAGACCUCAGUUCUGACUGCAGCUGUAGGAAUCACAGUGGUUCUGGUUCUCAUCCUCUGUUUCUCUGGACUCAUGUGGUUCAGGAAGGCGGCCUCCAAAUCCCCCUCUGACACAAGAGACACAGCAGACGAUGGACAGGUGAGUCUCUUGGAAUCAGAAGGUGACUGUGAUGACUGUAUUCUUUGUGGAACAUUUCCACUCCUCAUGUUGUCUGUCCUCUCUCUCCAUCAGGGAGACUCAAGUCCAGUGUUUGACAACAUCUCAGGCAUGGCAAUGACCCCUACUGCAGCACAGACAGCAGCCACAGACGACCAGGAUGAUGUUCACUACACCAGCGUCCACUUCUCUCGUUCCAAAAACCAGGAAGUGCCUCUGUACUCCACCGUCCAGCUGCCUCAACCCCAGAAACAGGAUGAGGAUGUCCACUACGCUGCUGUGAAAUUCAACCUCCCCAGUGCUGCCACCUGACCUGCAGCAGCACAAGCAGCUGAGGAGGACUCCUCUGUUCUCUACAGUACAGUCAAUAAACCCUGAACCAAGAGGACCUGAAAACAAAAAACCCAGAACGAAGAACACCUGAACACAACAAACCCAGAACCAAGAAGACCUGAACACAACAAACCCAGAACUAAGAAGACCUGAA